UUUGAUUGGGCCACAAAUCACAAUUCUCUUGCCCAAUCACCCGCCCCACGAUCACGCCUCCCGCCCCCGCCGGCGAUCCCGAUCGCGUUGCUCAACUAGAUCCUGCAACCCUCUCUCUCUCUCCCUCUCUCUCUCCGGCCUCUUAUAUCUUUCCCUCUCUCUCCAUAACUGCGAGAGCUUUUCACAUUUAUAUCGAUACCAGCAAAGAGGACAAAGCUUGCUGGAGCAAGAAUCUACAAAUCGGUGAUAUAUUUCCUAUUGAUUACUGAAUCUCAACUUUCGUCAAUUUUCGAUCGGUCUAUUUUUACCGACCGAUCGACGCGUUAACGUCUAUUUCGGCAAAUUCCACUGGCGCGUGGGUAAACUCUGGAAUCAGUCGAUGCGGAAGUGAUUUUACCUACAUUCUACUCUCUCGAUUCCCUUCGGUAUAAAAUCCGACUAAGGCGAUCGGAAUACUGUAUUGUAUUGGGAGGAAAUGAAGGGAUUCGCGACGCACGAACGGCGUUGGGCGUCGGACUCUGUGCCGGGAGACAAAGUCCUGAGCGCUGUGUCAUCGCCUGAAAGCUUCGCCGUGGCGUCAACGGAUGGUGCCGAGGAGUUCGUGGAGGUGACGCUAGAUGUGCAGGAGGACGACACAAUUGUUCUACGAAGCAUAGAGCAGCUGCCGGCGGCCAUCUUCCACUUGGAUCAGGAUGCCUCUUCGGAGAGCUGUGGAUCAGGGACGUCGAAGUCACCAUCGGUGAGGCGGAGCUCGUCCCACAAACUCCGUCAGUUCUCUCAUGAGCUUAAAGCAGAGGCGAUGGCCAAAGCGCGGCAGAUCUCGCAGGAACUCAGAGCAGAGCUAAAACGCUUUUCAUGGAGCCACGGCCAUGCGGGACGAGCGUCCGCCGACGGCGCAACGACCGCGAUCGACAACGCACUCGCCGCUCGCGCGGCAAGGAAGCAGAGAGCUCAGUUGGAUCGGACGCGUUCCGGCGCGCAGAAAGGUCUCCGAGGGCUCAGAUUCAUCAGCACCAAAACCGCUAACGGCGUCGAUGCGUUGAACGAAGUGCAGAGCAGGUUUGACAGUCUGGCUCGAGACGGUUAUCUAUGCCGCUCAGAGUUCGCCCAAUGCAUCGGGAUGAAGGAUUCCAAGGAAUUCGCAUUGGAGCUGUUCGAUGCGCUUAGUCGACGGCAACGAUUAAAGGCAGAGAAGAUCAGCAAGGAGGAGCUCUCCGAGUUCUGGUCGCAGAUUACUAAUCAGAGUUUCGAUUCCCGCCUUCAGAUCUUCUUCGACAUGGUGGACAAAAACGAAGACGGACGUGUUACAGAGGAAGAAGUCAAGGAGUUAAUAAUGCUAAGUGCUUCAGCAAAUAAGUUAUCAAGGCUGAAGGAGCAGGCCGAAGAAUACGCAGCCCUAAUCAUGGAAGAAUUGGACCCUGAAAGACUCGGAUACAUUGAGCUAUGGCAACUGGAAACGCUGCUGCUUCAGAAGGACACAUACCAGAAUUACAGCCAGGCACUGAGCUACACGAGCCAGGCCUUAAGCCAAAACCUUGCCGGGCUCAGGAAAAGGAGCUCCAUCCGGCAUCUAAGUAACCAGGUGGGCUACUUCCUGGAGGAGAACUGGAAGCGAAUAUAUGCACUAACGCUCUGGUUUGCUGCAAUGGCGGCUCUCUUCAUUUGGAAGUUCAUCCAGUACCGCCGCCGCUCGGCGUUCCAUGUGAUGGGCUACUGUCUCCCGACCGCCAAAGGUGCGGCCGAGACUCUCAAGCUCAACAUGGCUCUCGUCCUCCUCCCCGUCUGCCGCAACACCAUCACCUGGCUCCGUUCAACCCGCCUCAGCCGCAUCGUCCCCUUCGACGACAAUAUCAACUUCCAUAAGACCAUAGCUGCGGCGAUUGUGGUCGGAGUGAUUCUCCACGCCGGCAACCAUCUCAGCUGCGAUUUCCCUCGUCUGAUCUCAAGCUCGGAGCCCGAGUAUCAUGAAAACUUGAGUGAUGAUUUUGGGGAGACAAAGCCUUCCUAUGGGAAAUUGAUUCAAGGAGUAGAAGGUGUGACAGGGAUCAUAAUGGUGGUGAGUAUGACGGUGGCCUUCACCCUCGCCACCCGAUGGUUCCGUCGGAGCCUAGUGAAGCUGCCUCGCCCUCUCGACCGUCUCACCGGCUUCAACGCUUUCUGGUACUCCCACCAUCUCUUCGUCGUCGUUUACGCAUUGCUCAUCGUCCAUGGCCAGUGCCUCUACUUCAUCCACAAGUGGUAUCACAAAACGACUUGGAUGUAUCUCUCCAUUCCUCUUCUUCUCUAUAUGGGUGAAAGAACUCUCAGAUUUUUGAGGUCCGGUUAUUAUUCUGUUCGCUUACUCAAGGUAGCCAUCUAUCCUGGCAACGUUCUGGCUCUUCAAAUCUCAAAACCGCCAGGGUUCCGUUACAAGAGCGGGCAGUAUAUGUUUGUGCAAUGCCCCGCCGUUUCACCUUUAGAAUGGCAUCCUUUCUCAAUUACUUCAGCUCCAGGGGAUGAUUACCUUAGCAUUCAUAUUAGACAGCUAGGUGACUGGACUCGGGAGCUCAAACGUGUCUUCUCAGAGGCAUGCGAGCCUCCAGUAGCAGGCAAAAGUGGCCUUCUAAGAGCCGAUGAGAACACGAGAAAGAGCUUGCCGAAACUGUUGAUAGACGGGCCCUAUGGUGCUCCAGCACAGGAUUACAUGAAGUAUGAUGUGCUGCUCCUUGUUGGGCUCGGGAUUGGGGCAACGCCAUUCAUCAGCAUCCUAAAGGAUUUACUUAACAAUAUCGUUAAAAUUGAAGAACAAGAAAGUGCCAUCUCAGACUAUGUCCCGCCAACAGAUGUCCACAUCGACUUGGCGACUAUCUUGAAAGCCACUCAAAGACCGAAAUGGACUCUGAAAACAACGAAUGCCUAUUUCUAUUGGGUUACUCGCGAGCAGGGUUCAUUUGAUUGGUUCAAAGGCGUCAUGAAUGAGGUCGCAGAGCUCGAUCAAAGGGGUGUGAUUGAGAUGCACAAUUAUCUCACUAGCGUUUAUGAGGAUGGGGAUGCUCGGUCUGCACUGAUUGCAAUGGUCCAAGCUCUUAACCACGCCAAGAAUGGCGUAGACGUCGUCUCCGGAACCAGAGUUCGAACGCACUUCGCACGGCCAAACUGGAAGAAAGUCUUUUCCAGAAUAAGCUCCAAGCACACUUAUGCCAAGAUCGGGGUGUUUUAUUGUGGAGCGCCGGUCUUGGCUCAGGAGCUUAGCAAGCUCUGCUACGAAUUCAACCAGAGAGGCGUAACCAAAUUCGAGUUCCACAAGGAGCAUUUCUAAGCCCGGUAUACAUACAUACAUAAGGUCGAGCGUACAUACUAAUUAUACACGUUAGGGUAAAUUAAUUGUAUAGCAUAGAUCCUUUUAUUUUCUUUUUUAGUCAAUUUUGUAUUUUUCUUUAAAUAUUUAUCAUCAAUGAGAUUGAAAGAGAGGAAAAAUGAUUUCAUAGGAGAAACACUUUUCCCUCUUCCUGUA